GUCGACAUUGGACGUUGGAUCGGUUGCCGGUCCGAGGCUUCGCAGCGAGCGUCGUCGACAGUCUCGCAAUGGCGUUAGUGAGAAUAGGACGUGUGUUCGUUUAGUUUCACAACAACCCGAGCGGACACCGGCCCAAAAUAUUGGCCGUCUAUCAGUGCAAGAAUUACUUGAAGAUACUUCCUGUAAUUCGUCACAAAAUAAAGCGACUUGUUCGUGACCACGGACAGUCAAAUUUUGGUACGAUAUCCACUCAGGGCGAAUCAUUUCAAGAUCAUGUUCAUCUCAUCGUAGUUCCUUCAUCGUUAUAAGUGUUUGUGUGUGUUUGUGAACAUAAGUGAAACGUGACAGUGAUAAGUGUUAGUGAUGGAACCCGGAUCACCAUCGUUGCUGUGGCCGCUGCGCCUGAGCAAGCCUGCAGUUACCGUGCCGGUGCCGGCUGGCGAGGACAGCAAAGCGGAGGAGAGGGCUCAGUCGCCAGUGCUGACGGACCGGCUGACGGCGGCACCCUCGCCGUCCAGCCCCCCGGCGCCCUCCAGCCCGGCGCCACCUCAACACCAGUUCCAAGCGGCGCUGGUCGCUGAAAAGUAUCUCCUAUUAGAACAAGUUGAGGGCUCCUCGCUUUGCCGGUGUGUGGACGUGCGAACGCAAGAGGAAUAUGUGUGCAAAGUGGUGUCACGAGAUUGCAGCAGCUUACUACAAGCCCACUAUAGGCUUGAUGGCCAUCCGCACGUCAACCCCAUACACGAAGUCCUAGUCGGUGAUAAGAGAGUAUAUCUUAUCUUCCCUCGGUCGCACUCCGACCUCCACUCAUACGUGAGGGCGAGAAAACGGCUAAGGGAACACGAAGCUCGCAGGCUGUUCAGACAAAUGGCAGAAACAGUGGCCGCGUGUCACGAACAAGGCAUCGUUUUGCGGGAUCUUAAACUGAGAAAAUUUGUCUUCGCUGAUCCUCAAAGAACGACGUUAAAACUGGAGUCGUUAGAAGACGCAGUAGUUCUCGACGAUCCUGAGGAAGACUUACUUCAGGACAAGCGAGGAUGUCCCGCCUACGUAUCGCCAGAAAUCCUAAGAGCUCAUCGGACGUACUCCGGCAGAGCGGCAGACAUGUGGUCGCUCGGCGUGAUACUAUACACCAUGCUCGUUGGAAGGUAUCCAUUCAACGAUUCUGAGCAUGCGUCUCUGUUCGCGAAAAUAUCGCGAGGCUACUUCGUGGUGCCGGAGUGCCUGUCGUCGCGGGGCAAGUGCCUGAUCAGGUCGCUGCUGCGGCGCGAGGCGUGCGAGCGUCUGAGCGCGCGCGACGUGCUGCGGCACCCGUGGCUGGCGCGCGACCCGCGCAACGAGCUGCCGCCGCGCGCCGCCGCGUCGCACGACCGGCUCGUGCCCGACGUGGACCUGGACGACUGCGUGUAGCGCCCGCCGCGCUGCCCGGCGCUGGCGCCGGCCCGCUCUGCCCAGGACGCCCGCGUUUCCUUAUUUAUGAAUUUAACUUAAGUUAUUCCGGCCUAUUGUAGGCUUGCGGUUGUCCUCACUGAAACACUCCUACGCAGUUCGUCCGAAUGUCAAACUUUCAGUAAGAAGUACCCCAAGCCAAAUAUUGUCUCUGUCGAGAUUGUAAGUUAGUGUUUAGGAUCCACGGGGAUCAAGCGGCCGGGCGGCUGGCCCGCCCCGGACACGCGUUACUAAUUUAUAAACGUAGAAGCUCGGACUUAACAAACAAUAAGAAUCGCAUAAGUCCACGGAUGCAAAUGAAACGCACUGUUACAAUGCUGGUACAGGUUUAUGCGGCUUUUAUUGCCACUAUUUCGUUCCGGCUUUUACUGCUGUGGUAUAGUCGUAACGUUCAUAAUGACAGAAUAAGUGAGACUGAUAUCGCGUUCUUGUGAUCUAACUGUGCAAACGGCAUGGGGCCGCGCGCGUCCCUCAGGAAUGACUUUAUUCAUAUGAAGCAUUCAGUUAACUACUACGUUAAUUCCUCAUAAGCCUAAUGUAAUCAUAUCAAUUUCACAUCAAUAUAGAUUGUAUAUUGCAUUGAAGUUGUUGAUGUAGUGUUAGGUAAAUGACCUAUGUAUAUUUUGUAUUUAUAUAAAGUUAUAUCGUGUAAUUGUGAUCUCCACCGAUGUUAUUUAGCGAUUACUUGAUUGCCAUUAUGUUGUUACGCAGAAGUGUUUGUUCUUUUGUUGCACAACGAUCAGUUGCUUCCAUCAUAGAGUUAUUAUCAUUAUAUUAUUUUGGUUAUAUUCAAAUCGUGAUUAUUUGGCUAAUCAACAAGCGAAAUUAUUAUUUGUUACUAUAUUCAAUCGAAAUUAUGUUUGGUAAAAGAUAUAUUACGCUUCACCAUGUACCGACAAUGGUUGUAGAAUUUGGUCUGUGCCAUUUAUUUAAUUUAAACGUUAUUUAUUGUUUUUGUGAUUGAAAGUGUGAUGUCGGCACUCUCUUCCUAUAACUAAAUUAUUUUUCCAUUAGGUACUUGGUGUUGAGUUUUUAUUUUUGGUCUAAAUUAGAUCGAUCUUUAGGUAUGUUUGUUUUUGUAACUAAUUUGUUUCAAAUCAAUCAGUAGUGUUACCAUAUCAAAAAUUGUUGAAUUGUAUCGAAUCACUUUUCUUUUUAGUUCUCAAUCAUUUUUGUUUAUUAUUUGUACGUUCAAGUUUACUUUGAAUGGUACAGUUUAAGUAGUCAAAAUCUUUCAUGGUUCAUGAAAGUGUUGUACAAUAGUAGCCUACUGUAAAAUAAACUAUUACUACUUUAAUUUAUACAAACUGUAAAUAGCGCUAAGAUAUCAUAAGGAUUAUGAAAAAAAGAAAGAGAUAGAGGGAAUAAAAUAAUUUAGAAAAAAUUUAAA